GAUCGCACAAGCUCCGUCUUUCUUUUCCCCCAUUCGCAUUCCCAUUUCCAUUCACUCUCCCGGGGUUAAUUUUGAGGGAGACGACGACGCAGAUAGAAAACUGAACAGAACUGAAAUUGGAACGCCGCCCGUCUCGUUGUCGUUUUGUCGGCACACCCCUGGGAGACUCGGCCUGCUAUCGGGGGGUUCGACGAUCGCAACAGCAACGGCAACAGCAAAAAAAAGAAUAACACAAAUUUCUACGCUGUUGUCAGUGCAAACGCGACUCUUCAAGCAAACAGACGACUCACAAUUUUCCACGGGCCAAACGACCGAUUUCAAUUGUAACAACGAUCAUGAAGUUCACUGUUGUACUGCUCCUCCUCGUGGCGCUGAUUGCUCAACUUAGCGCAGCGUUGCCCAUGACCAACGAUGCCGAGCUGGUGGCUUUGGACUCCAACGAGGAAAAGUCGAGUGACGCCAGAGCUUCAGCGGGACAACGUCAGGAGACGGCACACAUGGUUAUCGCGCCACGAAAACUGGAGGAGGAACCGGUGGAGCCCCGUUCGGCUAUGUUCGAUACCAUUGUGGAGGAGCUGCAUGCGGCGGGCGUGCAGACUGCGGACAAGCGACAGCUGGAGACGCUCAGCUACAAGGACUUGACACGAUUGCUGGCCCUGUGGCAUCUAACGCAGCGACGCACAUACUACGAGGCUGACGAAAAUCGUGCGCCGCCCACAACAUCCGAUUAAGGAUUUCGUGAUCGUCGACGUCGACGACUCCCAGCAAACUUUUACAUUUUACUCAUUGUUUAGUUUACAAUUUUAUUUGCUAAGCACUUAAAAAAAAAUGGUUGGUGUUCCCAAAUAAAAAGCAAAGCAAAAACGUGAA